CUCGGGCCGGACAAGAUGGCGGCGCUGAGACAGUGGAGCCGUUUCAGGUGGCGGGGGCGGGGCCACGGAGUCCGGGCUCUUUCAGGGAAAUAUGAGUAUGAUUUGUUGGUGAUUGGAGGUGGUUCUGGUGGCCUUGCCUGUUCUAAAGAAGCGGCCCAGUAUGGCAGAAAAGUAGCAGUGUUGGAUUUUGUGGAGCCAUCUCCUCAAGGCACCAGAUGGGGUCUUGGUGGUACUUGUGUCAAUGUGGGCUGUAUUCCCAAAAAGCUAAUGCACCAUGCAGCCCUGCUGGGGGGUGCCAUUAAAGAUGCCAAGAAUUAUGGUUGGGAUAUACCCCUGCCUGUACACCAUGACUGGAGUACAAUGGCUCAAGCUGUUCAAAGCCAUGUGAAAUCCUUAAACUGGGGACAUCUAGUGCAACUUCAAGACAGGAAGGUUAAAUAUAUGAAUCUCAAAGGUGUUUUUCUAGACAAACAUACCGUCCAAGGGGAAUCCAAGCAAGGUGAAAAGACCAUUCUGACUGCUGAAAACAUUGUGAUUGCAACUGGAGGCAGGCCAAAAUAUCCCUUGGAUAUUCCAGGAGCUAAACUUGGCAUUUCCAGUGAUGAUAUUUUCUGGCUCCAAGAUUCGCCUGGGAAAACGCUGGUCAUUGGUGCAAGCUAUGUGGCCUUGGAAUGUGCUGGAUUUUUAACUGGUGUUGGUUUGGACACUUCGAUCAUGGUGCGAAGCAUUCCUCUCCGUGGCUUUGACCAGCAAAUGGCCCAUUUGGUGACAGACCAUAUGGCAUCUUAUGGCACCAGAAUCUUUUGGAAAUGUAUUCCAAUCAAAAUAGAAAAACUGGGCAGUGGAAAACUGCAGGUUAUUUGGAAAAAUCUGGAGUUGAAUGUGGAAGAACGAGAGUCUUUUGAUACCGUGAUGUGGGCAAUUGGUCGAGCACCUGAAACAGGAGACCUGUGUUUAGACAAAGCUGGGGUCCAAAUUAAUCCAGAAACUGGGAAGAUCAUUGUCGGUGCCAAUGAAGAAACUUCUGUUUCCCACAUCUAUGCAAUUGGAGAUCUUGCAGAGGGUCGACCAGAGCUCACGCCAACAGCUAUCAAAGCCGGCAAGUUACUGGCACAUCGUCUUUUUGGUAACUCUACUGAAUUGAUGAACUAUGACAAUGUUGCCACAACAGUUUUCACGCCAUUGGAGUAUGGCUGCGUAGGUCUGUCUGAGGAAGAGGCAGUACAACAAUAUGGUGAAGACAAUAUAGAGGUUUACCAUGCGUAUUACAAGCCACUGGAAUUUACAAUAGCUGAACGGGAUGCUACCCAAUGCUAUAUUAAGAUGGUUUGCUUACGUGAAGGUGACCAGCGUAUUCUAGGACUUCAUUUCAUUGGACCAAAUGCUGGAGAGGUCAUUCAAGGAUUUGCCCUGGGAAUAAAAUGCAAUGCUACAUACACUCAGCUGUCAUCUACCAUAGGAAUCCAUCCAACCUGUGCAGAGGAUGUGAAUAAACUAAACAUCACCAAACGCUCAGGUCUGGACCCAACAGUCACAGCCUGCUGAGGUUAAAUGUCAUCCCUGAACCAACCAGCACACCACAAAACUCUACAGCACUUAAGUAAAAUACAGUCUUGAGAAAAGUACAUGUUAAAUAAUGCCAUCAAAAUUAUAUCCUGUUAAUUUUUUAUACUGUUUUGGGGAUCUAUUGAGUGAGUCUAAUUAUGAAAGUAGAAUACAAUUCCUAAAUCAGCCAGCAGAGGGGAAUGUUUGAUUAUUAAAAGUGGGUGUAAGUAAUAUUAUCUCAUAAUUAUCCAGAAUGUUAAGAUUUGUGUAAGUCAGUAUUGCAAAGAUGUGGAAUGCCAAUUGUAUUUGUUUUAGCUAAAGUUGUAGAAGUUUUUGAGACUGCUUUACCGAAAGCAUCUGCAGGUCCACCCUCUCAAAGCCAGCUGAACAUUUCUGGAAUUGUCAUGCAUUUUUGUUCUAGUAAAAUAAACUUACCUGAUAGUUUGGUUAGGUGCUGAGUGGUGCUAAACUUAUCUGUUUUGCUGCUUGUGCAUCUAUCCAUUCCCCUGCUCCAAGCAGCUUUAAAUACAUUCAAACCUGAUUGGCCCAAACUGCCAUCAGCUCCCAACUCAAAGUUUGGCAAAAUCCAGGAUUCUGGUGGGGCCUUGGUCCUAAUGGUUGCCAAUUUUAAGAGAAUGUACCUUCAAUUCUAUACUGCAGGUGAUAAUGUUUUCAAAAAGUGUUCCAGUUCAUAAACCAGAGUUGAUGGUGUGCUGUUCAGGGAUGACUGACGAUGAUAGUAAAAGUGGUUUGACUUUUGCUGUUAACUGACCUGACUAGUAUGCAUUUUGUACAUUUAAAUGUAAAUAUGAUAUGAACAAGAACUGUAGCCAGGCUGCAUAUGUGCCAGUUAAUGAUGACUUGUUUUUAAACCCAAAUUAUGGGAUAGACUGGUCUGAUGCUACUAGGCAUUAAAAUAUGAAGUGAUA